UACAACAGAUUCCAGAGCGCGAGCAGCACUGCUCUAAAGAUCUCAUUAUCUCUGUGUCGCAUGAUGCUUUCUCACUCGGACUUGUCACGGUCACAAAAAACGGAUUAACGGACAUUUAGAUCUUUGUCAAGAGACCUGGAUUUAAAAGUAUCACUUUUGGAUUACUUUGCACAGGCGGCGUUUUCCUGGCGUCAGUCUCUGUUUGAUAAAGCAGGAGAGGGGCAGAAAGAAGGAAUAAGUGCCAUGGUUUUUGGCUUUUAAUUGUAAGUGUGCCAAAAAGCCUUGAGGUCAGCGCGCACACCUGUAUCUCUCUCUUUGGACCGAGUUGGAUCUUUAUUGUACAGCAUGAAGCGAAUCUUCCCUUCACUGCCGCUCUGUCUCCUCACAUUCCUGCUCCUGUCACAGCAGUGCACGGGAAUCAGAUGGCUGGCACUAUCGCAGAGCACACAACACAUCAACAAGACCCAACACUGCAAGACGUUGCCAGGGCUCGUCUCCUCUCAGGCGCAACUCUGUAGGAGCAACCUGGAAAUCAUGCAGACCAUCAUCCAGGCAGCACGGGAGGUUAAGAAGGUCUGCCAAAAGACAUUUGGAGACAUGCGCUGGAAUUGUUCAUCUAUUGAUGUUCCAAAAUACCUCCCAGACCUGGAACGAGGAACGAGGGAAUCUGCAUUUGUAUAUGCGCUCUCUGCAGCAGCUAUAAGCCACACUAUCGCAAGGGCUUGCACAUCUGGGGACCUGAGGUUGUGCACCUGUGGUCCAAUUCCGGGUGAAAUACCCGAGCCAGGGUACAGGUGGGGCGGCUGUGCUGAUAACCUUCACUAUGGUCUGAUGAUGGGUUCCAAGUUUUCCGAUGCCCCCAUGAAGAUGAAAAAGAAAUCAGGCUCGAAUGCCAACAAGUUGAUGCAUCUCCACAACAGCGAAGUGGGCAGACAGGCUUUGCGAGAUGCUCUGGUCAUGAAGUGCAAGUGCCACGGUGUUUCUGGUUCUUGCUCCAUUCGGACCUGUUGGAGAGGCUUACAGGACCUGAAGGACAUCGCGAUGGACCUGAAGACCAAGUACUUGUCAGCCACUAAGGUGGUCCAUCGACCCAUGGGCACACGCAAGCAACUCGUCCCCAAAGACAUUGACAUCCGGCCAGUACGCGAGAACGAGCUGGUUUAUCUGCAGAGUUCACCUGACUUCUGUAUGAAGAAUGAUAAGAUGGGAUCUUUUGGAACUCAGGACAGGCAGUGCAAUAAGACCUCCAUCGGCAGUGAUAGCUGUGAUCUGAUGUGCUGUGGCAGAGGCUACAACCCCUACACAGAGAGAGUCGUGGAACGCUGCCAUUGCAAAUACCAUUGGUGCUGCUAUGUCACAUGCAAGAAGUGCGAGAGGACUGUUGAGAGAUAUGUGUGCAAAUGAGUCGGUUCUCCAUCUCUGCAGUCAUGGCCAAGACCUAGAGAUCCACAGUUACUUUGUGCCUAUUCUAAAUUAAUCUAAGCUUCAACUGAAACGAUCUAGAGUCAACUCAUAUGGAGAUCUGGAAUUCUCUCUACUCACUUUAACUUGUCUUUAACAAGCUGAAAAUUCCCAGACUUGAGUGUGUUCUAGAUUUAUUCAGUCUGGGUGUGGAGCAUAACUUUUUCCACCUGACUUCCUUGGCCACAGAUAACCACAGCACUAUGUUACCAACAAGGCUUACUUUUGUCUUACGCAUUUCCAGCUUGUAUAAUUCUGAGGAGAAAUGGUUUAUUUUUGGCUUCAUGAACAUUUAUAAAGAUCAACUCUGGACUUUAUGUUUCACAGCAAAAAUGAACACAACUUUCAUGAAAGUGCCCAGUUAUUGAUUGCACCGUCCUCGAUUUUCUUUUAACAUGAAAACAUAUGCUCCUUUAUCUGGAUCUUAAAGUCUAUUUUCUUACACAGUACCUGGGUCUUAAAGGUACAUUUUCCCUGUUUUGGCAAGGAAUUGAUUUUCAUCACUCUUCUUAGAACUAUACUUUGGGAUCGGUCAAAGUUCCAGAGGAUACCACAUUCCAAGUUCUGAGUGAUUCAGACCUCAAUCUAAGAUAGUACUCAUCUUCUACAAGUCAAGACUGUUUAAUAGACUGAAAAGAUAAAGAAAGUGCUGAACGUGCAAAGGGAAUUUCAAAUACAGCUCUUGGAUGAGGAACUGUGAGAUGGUUUCCAUCUCUUGGUACUUAUACUUCAGUUCUAAGCCUUAAGAGGGAGAAUAUCUGCAUUUAUUCCACAUAUAUCUGCAAGGACUAUUGGAUUAUAUGUGUUGUGCCUUGUUACAUUUUUACACAAUGUAAGAAAAAAAAACUAAAUGCAGGCAUUCAAAUGCCAAAACCUCUCUGAGCAUGUGAACAGAGUAUGUUGGUCCCCCAUUAUGCAGUGAACCACUUAUCUGUGGAUGUACAUACUGACAUUUUUGUAUCCUGAAUUAAAAAAGAAAUAUUUAUGAACUAAUUAAAAAUCUUUACCAUUUAAA